AUGGUUGAUAGAGACAUUGCACUCGAGGCUUUGGGCGUCCUCUGCAACGCCACCGUAACAUCUGUUCAAACACAAAGGUCACAAGCUCCUCUUGGAAGCUUUGGUGCAGGAGCAGCAGAGCAGGAGCAGCUGUCCAUCAAAAAUCUCGUCUCUUCUGUUGUGGACGCAGAUGAAACCAGCCAGGUGUCAAGAUCCAUCUUCUUCCACAUCCAGUGCAUUCUGCAAGGCAGUGCACCGGCAGCUGGCCCCUACGGAGAGGACGAGACGGACACUGCAACAGGAAGGAGCCACAUCAUCGAUGAGGACGAAUUCUUUGCCCCGCAGUUCGACUAUGAUUUCACCAGUUUGACGGACACUGAGACUUACUUGAGAGGUGGAGAGAAGUCCUGGAUAAGUAUGAUGAAGUUACCUGGCUGGGAACCAGAUACCGUAGCACCCAGUCAUGUCCAGGGGAGUGGCCUGUGUCCUACCACGGGACAUCAAAGAAAGGUUCUGAGGGCAUCAUCGAAGGACACUACAAGGGUCCUUCAAAUGCAGCCAAGAAAUACGUCCUUCCUUUCCUGGACAAAGAAGGAUCCAAUGGGUGAAGCCCUCGUGGCCCAACCUAUCCCAAGAUUCAUUGCGUGGCGGUAAU